AUGUUGGAAAAACAUGCUGCCCCAUGUCCUCUGUGGUAUACUUUUAUUCUCAAGAAUGCAAAUAUUAGGUGUCGUUAUAGUUCCAAAACUCUGCAGGAAAUCAUCUUUGUUAUAGGGAAUGACUGGUUCUCUGUAAUUGCUAAGUCUAAGAAACAUCUUCUUGAGUCUUCAUCCACAUUGAACCAAGUAGCUUCAAAGGGCUUAGACAUCCCAAAAAGCUAUUUUGCUGUAUAUGUUGGCGAGAGUCAAAAGAAGAUGUUUGUAAUUCCAGUAUCCAUGUCAAAAGAACCUUCCUUCCAAGACUUGUUAAGUCAAGCUGCAGAAGAAUAUGGAUAUGAUUAUCCAAUGGGUGGUGUUACAAUCUCCUCCCAUGAAAACGUAUUCUUGGAUCUUGUUUCUGGCUUGAAUGUGUGA